GUGGUUGCAGCAGCAGCUGCUCGCUCUUUUACGCACCGGAGCGGCGGAGACAAGCAGCCUGUGAGGGAUCAGCGGGACGUGGAGGAGGUCGCUGCUGCGUUUAUCAUCCAUCCUGCUGAGAGCACUUGCGGGGGACGGAAGGACUAACGGAUGGCGGGGAUACUGCUUCCUCCCUGGACGAGCCGGACCGCCUCCGAGGCUUCCUGAACGUGGAAUCAAGCGAGGAGCUCUCCGCGCAUUCCUCCAUCUUCCUCCGCGCCGUCUCCCCGCUCUCCUCUGCGCCGUCAGCGGGGCGCUGCUCCUGCUCCACCGGGGGGAUUAACGUGUGUGAAGCGAGCGGUCCGUGCUCCGGUGUCUGCAGGUUGGAUCGUCUCCAUCAUGGUGUCAGGCCCUGGGAGGUGUCCCGGGCGCUCCGGCGGGGUUGUCCGCUACCUGGUGUCUGCCUGCCUGCUGUCUCUGCUGCUCUACCUGCCGGAGGCUCGGGCGUCUUAUUACCCUCAGAGCGGAGAGUGCAAAGGCAAAGGGAAGGACUGCACAGAUCUGUCAGAGAAGAAGAGCGACCUGAGGGUUUGUGAUGACUCCACCUGUCGAUUCGGAGGCGUCUGCAGAGAUGCCGGAGCUCAGCUCAAAUGUGUCUGCCAGUUCCAGUGUCACAAAAACUACAUCCCGGUGUGCGGCUCCAAUGGAGACACCUACCAGAACGAGUGCUACAGGCGACAGGCGUCCUGCAAACAGCAGAGACUCAUCUCGCGGGUGUCCGACGGGCCCUGCUCCGCCGAUCCUGGUUCUGGUUCAGGAGACGGAGACGAUGACGAGGGUUCAGGCUCUGAUGUCGGGAAGAAGUUCACCAAGUGCAGCACGUGUAAAUAUGGAGCCGAGUGUGACGAAGACUCCGAGGACGUCUGGUGCAUAUGUAACAUCGACUGCAGUGGACACAAUGAGAACCCGGUGUGUGCCACCGACGGGAACUCCUACAACAACCCGUGUCUGGUCCGAGAGGCGUCCUGUAUGAAGCAGGAGCAGAUCGACGUCAAACACCUGGGCAGGUGCCCCGCCGAUAAAGAGAAACUGGGGAAGAAAGACGACAGCAGUCCUUUCAAAGUAAACGUCUUAGAAACCACGGGUCUGGACCACGGCGACGGGUUCUACGCCGGCAUGCCGAUCCCCUGCGCCGACAGCUACGCCGGCUUCUGUGUUCACGGGAAAUGUGAGAUCAAGUACAACACGGCCACCUGCAGGUGUGAUGCAGGAUACAAAGGCACUCAGUGUGACGAGCCUCAGGACUUCAACAUCCUGUACGUGGUUCCCAGCGGUCAGAAGCUGCACUAUGUCCUCAUCGCCGCCAUCAUCGGCGCCGUGCAGAUCGCCAUCAUCGUCGCCGUGGUGAUGUGCAUCACAAGGAAAUGUCCGAAGAACAACAGGGGUCGCCGACAAAAACAAAACCUGGGACACUUUUCCUCGGACACUAACACCAGGAUGGUAUAGCCGUGUUUGUCUGGGUUCUUUUUUUAAAGUUUUUUCUUACGACGUGGGAAUACCAUUUUUUAACGGUAGAGAUGUGCGUAUUAAUUUGUUUUUGCUCUCCUGGGAAACCAUUAAAAAGAAGAAUGAGGAUAUUUAUUUAAGGGGCCUUAAAGGGGCCUUUCCCUCCUUUUUGUUUUGUUUAUGGAUGAAAAUGAUUUUCCUUUUUCUUUUUUCUUUUUUUUGCUGCAAGACCAAGUUCAAGGAGCCGAAUCGUCACUUUACAUCGCCACCAUGUCCGCUGUCUUAAUUACGUUAAACUGCUUCAUUCGAGGUUUCGUUGAAUGCUUUAUGAACACCUUUUGGUUUGUCUGCCCCUCAGGAAUGUGCUAUUUAUUGAAAAUGAUUAUCUCCGCGCCCCUCUCAUUUUAUUUUCUACUAAUAAUGUGCAGCUGAUCACCAAAUGCAGUUUGUUUUACUUUUGUAGGAGGUGAAUGGGGGCCAGCCAGUGAUAUAGAUAUGUUUAUACUUAUUAUUAUUAUUAUUAUUAUUAUUUGGUAUGGAAAGACUUCACUGUGUUAAAACAAGCUAAUGAUUUAUAAUUAUAAUUUUUAUUAUAAUAAUAAUGAUUUUUACUUUAGGUUUUUAUGUUAAUUUUUCCGAAUUCUAGUUCCUGUAUAUUCGCAUGACUUGUGAAAAUUGUGUACUGUGGUGUAGUUUAAACUUUUUAAAAAGAAAAGCAGACAGCCUCGACGCCUCAGAGAUCCACUGGAGGAGGAAAAGUGGGACAGACGAGUGGAGGACGUGAUGUUUGAGGCUGUCUUGACCUCGAUUGUAGUUAUCAUCGACGGUGGGAAACUCUGGAUUACGUUGUUUUAUUAAAAAAAAACUGAAAAAAAAAACUUUUUGCUUUGAGAAGGAACAGAUUCGUGUUGAGGAAUGUUUUUGCAUCAAACGUGGAUUCAGAGGAUUGUAACGGAAGCUUGUCAGCUGUUCCGAGGCUUGACGGAUCAACUGAUGAUUUUUUUAUGUGACUGGAGAAAAUCUCGGAGGCUUUUCUUUGAAUGUGAGAGAAUAAUUGUAAUUAUUGUCUUUAUUUUAUCCCUCUUUUGUUUGUUUUAGUUCUGCAUUUGCUCCUCAGCAAGACAUUCCAAGCACAGAGGAUCCCAAACAGAAAAGACUCCCAAAAUACUCUGACAGGAAACUGCUGAAGCCCUGAGUGGCCAGUGAGCGAAAUCAUUUUCUCUUCUUUGUUUACAACUUCAGAGGGUUUUAACUUGUCCAGGAUCAGCCCGUCCUGGUGCAAAUAAAGUAAAAUAAAUGUGUAACUAAUAAUCAGUGCUCAUCAAAAACUUUUCAUUCAACUUUUUUUUUUUUUUACCUCUUGAAGCAGCUACAAGAAACUUUCAUUUUGUGUUUUCACGAGCACCAGACUCCCUUUAGAAAACCUCUCAUUUUACUGCUGCAAAAAAUAUUUCAAAAUGAGGAAAAUAUUCCUUGCAAAGCCUUUUAUUUCACCUGUUCUUCAGUCUUGAAAACAAAGAAGAGAGAACAAUUAAGAUCAGACUUAGAAAAUCGAUUCCCAGCUUCUUCUUUUUUUAAUCUCUUUUGCCCCUCAGGGCUUCCGUACAAACACACCUCACAGUCCAAAUAUGUCAUACAGACCCUGUUUCCUCCUGGUAUUAAGAUGUGACAUAAAACAGGUAAUAGAACAGAAAACGGACAAAUCCUGCGUGUAGCAAACCAACAACAACAAUCCGAACAGUGUGUCGUCAUCCAGUGAAUGACGAUGUCUUUUCUGUGUUGUUCCCUCACUGUAAUUCAACAUCUGUGUCCAGUUCUAUAUCAGAGUCCCAGCAGCUGUUUGCAAGAAAACUUUUCACUGACAUUUAAACUCCUCCUCCAUCCUGACUCAGCACUCUCAGAACUGAUAAUGCAUUUACAUUUCUGUUUAAUCAAAACACACAAAGUAAACUGUUGUUUUUAUUUAAAUUAAUCUUUAAUUGUCGCUGACUUGUGGUAUUUGUUACAUUAAAGUUUCGGUGUUUUCAGUAUUCACGCCAUAUCGGGAAAAUUCUUUAAAUGUUAGCUGCAGAUAAUCUGUUGAUGUCAAGGUGUCCCUGUACAAUUCUUUAUCUGGCAUCGAAAUCAUCACAGAAACUACUCAUGAAAUAUAUUUUGUUCAAAGCUGUUUCCUGACGCGUGAGGGGGUUAACUUUGCAUUGACUCUGCUGCCAUUUAAUCCACAAACAGAAUAAUAACAACUAAAAGUGAGAACUACAAGAAGAGACCUUUCACACCUCGUUUGUUCUGGACUUUCUGAUAGUGGGAUCCAAACUAAAAUCGUUUGUGUGAAAGCUCCCCAAACCGAAUCCUGGUAUAUUUCACUUAAAAAGAAUGGAAUGCCAUCACUGCUCAUUUGCUCUAUAAAUGAUUAUUGUAUUAUAAACAAUGUAAUAGUUGAUGGCAAUGACUUGGAUGAAGUUAUAUCAUGUGAACACUGACAACUGUAGAGGAUCUAAAAUCGAGCCCAGAGGAACACCACAUUUUUAAUCAAUAAUACAUUUUGUAUAACUGCUGGCUGAAGGAGCAAGACAAAUCUGAGGAAAACCAUAUUGUUACACCUUCUUCUUCUUCUUCUUCUUCUGUAAUGGUAUAAUUGUUUUCCAACUGGAAAAUUUGCGCCACCUACUGCUUAUCUCCACGAACAAACUCUGAGUAUUCACACAUUCGUGGACGGUUCUCACAGUUUUUUUUGGAUUCUCCGGAACCCAAUAGUAUAUGAAUGACAUACUAUUUCUGGUGAAAUAUUUCAAUGUCCAAAUACUAGACACAGUAAUGUCCCACAAUGCACUGCGGUGGUGACGAUAACAUUCAUAGCAGACUAAAGAGACAACGGAGUGAAUCAGAGCUGUGCCGUAAUGUGGUGUAAUAGAAGUUAAGUUGCAAAAAAAUCUGUUUUAAUUUUUUUUUUCAUUAAAUUUGAACCUCCAGAGAACAAUAAGCAUGCACAGUGAUUUGGCGUUAAAUCAAAAAGUAAUAAUCAUUUCUUGUGCUUUUUGAGCAGUAGUGGAAAAAAUAUUCAGAUCCUUUACUGCAGCAUCAAUUAUCAGCAUCAAAAUGUUCUUAGUAUCAAAAAUGAAAAGUAGUCAUUAUGCAAAAUGGGCCCUCUCAGAUUCUAAAUAUAUAAUUUGAUUAUUAUCAUUAUUGAUGCAUUUAUGUAAACAGCAUUUUAAUUGUGUCAAGAUAGGGCUCAUUUUAAGGACUUAAUAUACUGGUUUAAGGUUUAAUUUUUAAGAAUGUGUAAUGACUCUAAAUGUAUCUUUGUUUUUCUAUCUUAAAUCUCGACCUGAAAAGUAACUAAGGCUGUUGACUAAACAUAGCGGAGAAAAAGAAUAAAGUUACAUAAAAAAGUGCCUCAAAUUGGUACAGUACUUCAGUAAAUGUUACAUUCCACCAGAAAUAGCAAAAGUAAAAAAAAUACCAAAAUUAAAAUUAAAAUAUUUUCCCCCCCUUUUUUCUGCUUACUGGAGAAACUUCAGGAUCAGAAUGAUCACUGAGAAUCAUCAUCAAGUACUCUUCAUGCAGAAUGGACCCACUCAGACUUUCUAAUAGAUAUUCUAAAUAUAUUUUUGCAUUAUUAUUAUUUUUGAUGCUUUUAUGUAAUCAAGGUAGGGCUCAUUUUAACUUCUUAAUAUUUUGUUAUGAGGUUCAAUUAAACAUUUUUAUGUUAAAAUUAGACCUGAAGGUAACUAAAGCUGUUGAAUAAAUAUAGUAAAAGUUACAUAAAAUGGAAAGUAAAUUACAAGUACCUCAAAAUUGUACUUAAGUACUUAGUUACAUGGUGAGAUGAGGCAACGUAUCGUGUGGAACUGAAACUCUGAUGCUGUGCUGAGUUCAGGGGAGGUCCGUCUUCUCUGUAUGUUUAUCUUUUUCAUUUUCUGUCACUAUUUGUUUUCUGUAACGUCUUAGUCUGCAGGUCGUAUCGUAGGUCCCCCCCCUACCCCCCCUCCGCUGAGCAGCGUGCUCCUACGUGUUGUUGACCAUCGCAGCUGUGACUUCUCUAAAUGUGACUAGAAUGUGUUUGACAUGUUAAUAUUCUGCAUGUAGACUUUGAGAGGCUAUUUUUGGUCUCUGCCAAAAUAAAAAAGAAAUGUUUUUUUAAUGUA